AUGAAGACAGUACUGUGCGCAGCCGCCUUUUCGCUCGUAUUCGCCGGAUCGAAUUUCGGAAUUGGAACCGCAUCGGCUCAAGAUGCGACCUACUCUGCCGAGGCGAAGGUGAACCUGCGGGAAUUUGCCAAGGGGAUUGCUGAUCCGGAACUCGCAAGUGCCGUCUUUGUCAUCGAAGGCCAUACUGACGGGAUCGGUUCGCUGAACUACAACCAGCGCCUUUCGGAGGAAACUCAGAUGAAUUUCGAUCCGGAGACAUUUGGCAGCGAACUUUCGCCCGGUGCCGGGUGCGGCCCUGACCUUUAUGAUACGGAGCCGGCAUUCGCAGCCCUGAUGGAUGCAUGCGAGGAAAUGCUGCCCGAACGCUUUGGCGACUUCGAUCGCUCGGAAAUAGAAUUCUCUGACAUUUUCAAGCAAAUGGAAGGGUUCCUGAAGCAGUCGAGGGACCUCCGCCUGCUGGCAAUGCUCGCGCAAUUCGCCCUCCUGAACGGGCAGUUGCACCUGUUUGCAAAUGUGAUCAGAAUUAUUCGCAAACUCCUGGAAGAUCACUGGGACCAGGUUCAUCCUCAGGAUGCCGAUUUCGGACACAUGGAGCGCGUCGGAGCACUCGAAGCGCUCAACAAUCGACCAACAGUAACACUUCCGCUCGAAGCCGCCCCUCUUCUCAAGACACGACGCAGCGGUCCGAUCAGCUACCGCGCGAUCAAGAUCGCCAACGGGGACACAACACCCCGUCCCGAUGAACACACAAUUUCGCUCGGAGCCAUUGAAGCUGCCCUGACAUCAGGCGAGCUGGAACAGGAUGUCAUCGAGGACGUGCUGCGGGAUCUCGCAGAACUGCCUGACGAGUUGCGGGCAAUCGCUGAAGUCAGUUCUGCGAAACUGACCGAAGCCGAGGCCAAAGCGUCGCCGCCGAACUACGAACCAUUGAUGACGCUGCUGCAGGAGAUGAGCGCAGAGCUCAAUCUUCGUCUCGGCCGGAUGUCACCGGAUGAUGCCGAAGCGGCAACGUCUGAAGGCGACGAGGAAGACGCGACCGGCACCGGGGCUUCCGCGACUUCCAACCUGGAAAUCAAAAACGCCGCACAGGCCAAACUGAUACUGGAUUCGGUCGAAGAUUAUUUCUCCUCCCGUGAACCGUCGCACCCGGCCUUGUUUCUGGUGCGAGAAUCGCGAGGACUUGUUGGCAAGUCCUAUCUGGACGCCCUGAAAAUUCUGAUGCCCCGGAGAUUCGACGAAGUCGCACUCUUGCUCGGUGCAAGCGGGCUUCAACUUUCAAACGACAGGCUUAUUGAGCUCAACGAGGGCGAAGAAAGCGAACUUGGAAGCAUCGACGACUUUUCUGUUCUGGUUAUUGAGAAUCGUGCGGAUGCGAUUAAGGGCAUUGCUGCCGUCAAGGGAUAUUUUUCUGCCAACGAGCCGACAAGCCCCAUCCCGAUGCUGUUGGAAGAGGCACAAAACAUGAGCUCCGGGUCCUUCACCGGCCUCCUCAACCUCUUUCUCCGUCCGGAAGACGAGUGA